AAUAGAAGCUCAACUUUAAAAAAUGCUAUGGGAUGUCUAACGGCUGAUUAAAACUACCCAGAAAUCACCAGCACAGAUCCCGAGCAUCAGUAACAUCAGUGAGUUGAGCCGUCUGUGCAGAGCCCAGGGGGCAGUGAUGACAUCAGAGGGCCUCUUAAACACUUUGGAAGAUUUGGGAGAUGAAGAGUUUAAUAAAUUCAAGUGGUUCCUGCAGCAGGAAGACGUCCUUCACGCCCGCCCAACCAUCAGAAAGAGUCGACUGCAGGCAACAAACAGGUGGGACACCGUGGACCUGAUGGUGCAGACCUACAGAUUUCCAGGCGCUGUCGAGGUGACCAGGGAGGUUUUAGAGAGGAUCCAGAGGAAUGACCUGCUGCAGAGUUUGUCUGACUGCAGCUCUGGAGCAGAAGUGGAUGUCAGUGAUGGUGUGGAGACUUCACAGAACAGAGGAUCUUCCUCUCAGACUUUGUCUCAUACUGUUGAUGUGAUGGUUCCAGUGCCAGAGCCACAUCCCAUCAUGUUUUACCAGCAGAUGCUUCAAUCAAACUUCCAGGACAAAUUUAUGUGUGCACAAGAAGGGUGGGCAGAAUAUAAACAACGCCUGGCUGAUAUCUACACAGAGCUGUACAUCACAGCUGGGUAUGACAUACAUAUCAACAUACAACAUGAGGUCCGACAGAUUGAGAUAGUAUGGAAACCAGCAGAACCAGAGAAACCUGUUCAGCCCAGAGAUAUAUUCAAACAUCCUUCUGGAGAGUACAGACCCAUUAAAACGGUGCUGACCAAUGGAAUCGCAGGAAUUGGAAAAACUUUCCUUGUUCACAAGUUUGUGUUGGACUGGGCCGAACAAAGAUCCAACCAAGAUGUGCAUCUGAUUUUCCCGUUCACCUUCCGUCAGCUGAAUCCACUGAAGGGAGAAAAGUUCAGUUUGGCAGAGCUCAUUCAUGAAUGUAUCCCAGAAACUGUAGGCAUCACAGAGGAAGCUCUUAAUUACAUAUUUACAGCUGUGGAGUCAUCAGGAAACACCAACUAUGACAAGAGCAAAUUCAAACUUCUGUUUGUGUUUGAUGGACUGGAUGAGAGUCGUCUUCAUCUCGACCUUCAUGCUGACGACAUUCGCUCUGCUGAUGUAACAAAGCCAACUAAAACAGAUGUCCUGCUGAGGAAACUCAUCAGUGGAAAACUGCUACGCCCUGCUCGCAUCUGGAUAACCACACGGCCUGCAGCAGCCAAUCAGAUUCCUCGAGAGUUUGUCAGCAGCACAACAGAAGUCAGAGGGUUCACUGACCCACAGAAAGAGGAGUACUUCAGGAAGAGAUUCAAAGGCAAGGAGCAAGCUGACAAACUCAUCUCCCACAUUAGGACAACAGGAAGCCUCCACAUCAUGUGCCACAUCCCAGUCUUCUGCUGGAUCACUGCUACAGUUCUGGAGGAUGCGCUGAAAACCAGAGAGAGUGAAGAGCUGCCCAAGACCCUCACUGAGAUGUACACAGAGUUCCUGGUGUUUCAUAUUGAUCGGACAAAAGAGAAGUAUGGCCCAGAGAAGAGCAUUCAGUACAUUAAGUCAUUAGCAAAACUGGCUUUUCAUCAGCUAGAAAAGGGCAACCUGAUCUUCUACGAGAAAGAUCUGAGUGAGAGCAACAUUGAUUUCAAUGAAGCCUCAGUGUGCUCAGGAGUGUUCACAGAGAUCUUCAAAGAAGAGCGAGGAAGGAAAGGAAAGGACAAGAUGUUCAGCUUUGUCCACCUGAGUGUUCAGGAGUUUCUGGCUGCUCUUUUUGUGAGGAUGUCAUUUAUUAACAGCAACAAAAAUGUGAGGCUGAUGGCACAACCGUCACUGAAAAGCCUUCGACUGUUUUUCAGCAAAACACCUUUAAAGAAAAUCCACAAGAUCUCAAUUAACAAGGCCUUACAGAGUCCAAAUGGGCACCUGGACUUGUUCCUUCGCUUCCUCCUGGGUCUUUCAGUGCAGACCAACCAGGACAAACUGCAGGACCUGCUGAUAAAAACAGACAGCAGCCCAGAGACCAAUCAGGAAACAGUUCAGUACAUAAAGAAGAAGCUCAGUGAGAAUCUGUCUCCAGAGAGAAGCAUCAAUCUGUUCCACUGUCUGAAUGAGCUGAAUGAUCAUUCUCUAGUGGAGGAGAUCCAACAGUACCUGAGAUCAGGAAGUCUCUGCACUGAUGAACUUUCUCCUGCUCAGUGGUCAGCACUAGUUUUCAUCCUACUGUCAUCCAAAGAAGAUCUGAACGUUUUUGAAUUGCAAAAAUACUCUUCUUCAGAGGAAGCACUUCUAAGACUGCUACCAGUGGUCAAAGCUUGCAACAAAGCUCUACUGGGUGGCUGCAAUCUGUCAGAGGAAAGCUGUGAAGUACUGUCCUCAGUUCUCAGCUCCAAGUCCACCACUUUGAGAGAGCUUGACAUGAGUAACAACAACCUGCAGGAUUCAGGGGUGACAUUGCUGGCUGCAGGAUUGGAGAAUCCACACUGCAAACUGGAGAUCCUCAGACUGAGUGGCUGCAAUCUGACAGAGGGAAGCUGUAAAGUACUGUCCUCAGUUCUCAGCUUCAUGUCCUCCGCUUUGAGAGAGCUAGACAUGAGUAACAACGACCUGCAGGAUUCAGGGGUGACGGUGCUGGCUGCAGGACUGGAGAAUCCACACUGCAAACUGGAGAUUCUCAGCCUGUCAGGCUGCAUGAUCACAGAGGAAGGCUGUACCUCUCUGGCCUCAUCUCUGAGGUCCCACUCCUCACACCUGAGAGAACUGGACCUGAGCUACAAUCAUCCUGGAGACUCAGGAGUGAAGCUGUUGUCUGCUAUACAGGAGGAUCAUAGCUACAGACUGGACACGCUCAGGCUGGAACACUGUGGAGAGCAGAGACUGAAACCUGGACUGAAGAAGUAUUUCUGUGAGCUCACACUGGACACAAACACAGUGAACAGGAAGGUCGUACUGUAUUACAACAUAGCAAUGCAAGGGGUGAGGCUGAAGCAACCGUAUCCUGAUCAUCCAGAGAGGUUUGACUGCUGUCAGCUGCUGUGUACAAACAGUCUGACCGGUCGCUGUUACUGGGAGGUGGAGUGGAGAGGAGGGGUUUAUGUAGCAGUGAGUUACAGAGGAAUCAAAAGGAGAGGAAACGGUGCUGAAUGCUGGUUUGGAUGGAAUAAUCAGUCGUGGAGUAUUUUCUGCUCUGAUGUUGAUGGGUACUCUCUCUGGCACGACAGGAGACGAACAGUCCUCUCCUCAGUGCCCUUCUCCCCCAUCUUUAACAGAAUCGGAGUAUACUUGGACUGGCCUGCAGGCACUCUGUCCUUCUACAGACUCACCUCUGACUCACUGAUCCACAUCCACACCUUCAACACCACGUUCACUGAACCUCUUUAUCCUGGAUUUGGGUUCUGGUUUGUGGGCUCCACAAUGUUUCUGUGUUAACUGUGGGAUAAAAUCCUCAGUGUGGGGAUGUUUGGCCUGCGGUUCUGUGUGCCAGAAUAUGAAUUGAAAUACAUUUCUUCUCAUAAAUGCAAGGGCCACUGUACACUGUAAAAUUGUUUGUCAUUGUACAGAUAUAACUGUUUUUGUUUUUUCAUUAAAUAAUAUAGUUGAUUAUCUGAA